AUGGCUCCUCCAUUGCUGCAGCUGGGUUCACUCUCGCUUUUGCUACUCUCGGCAGUCACACCUUCGCUCGCCGCUUCAGUCAAUACUGCGAGUUUGCCAACCAACUGGUCCUACAAAGGAUGUUACGUCGAUAGUGUAGCAGCCCGUGUCCUCAGCGGAUCUGCCUACAAUUCGGACACACAGACCGAAGAGGCCUGCGCAUCAUACUGUGACACGAAAGGCUUCAAGUACGCCGGUGUUGAGUAUGGCGUGGAAUGCUACUGUGGCAAUACCCUCACUUCUGCCCUCGGUGCUGAGACCGACUGUGCUAUGACCUGCGGUGGCGACGCGAACGAGCUGUGUGGCGGUCCUAACAGGAUGAAUGUCUUUGAGAACACCGCCAUCUCCGCAUCCACUCCAGUUACCACGCCCGUUCCCGCCAACACCAAUGUUGCUGUCGCAGGCUGGACAGCUGGCGGUUGCUACACGGAUACUGUAGCUGCCCGAAGCCUUCCACAAGGCGUGCCCGUUGCCGGAAAUGCGCCCAUGACUGUUGAGCUCUGCCUGGCAGCAUGUCAAGCAGCUGGAUAUAAGAUUGCUGGCGUCGAAUAUGCGAGCCAGUGCUACUGCGGCAACGCAUUUGCUAAUGGCGGUGCCCUCGCCCCCGAUGGGAAUGCACUGUGCAACAUGCCAUGUGAUGGUAAUGCGGCAGAGAUGUGCGGAGGCCCGGAUCGUCUCAAUGUAUUCUUCUUUGGAGACUCUAGUAACACAGGAACCGGUACGACUACGGCCCCUCCGGUUACCACCCCCCUUCCCUCCACCAGCGCUGUUGCUGUCGCUGGCUGGACAGCUGGCGGUUGCUACACGGAUACUGUCGCCGCCCGGAGCCUUCCACAAGGCGUGCCCGUUGCCGGAAAUGCGCCCAUGACCGUCGAGCUCUGCCUGGCAGCUUGUCAAGCAGCUGGGUACAAGAUUGCUGGCGUCGAAUACGCGAGCCAGUGCUACUGCGGCAAUGCAUUUGCAAAUGGCGGUGCCCUCGCCCCCGAUGGAAACGCGCUGUGCAACAUGCCGUGCGACGGCAAUAAGGCAGAGAUGUGCGGAGGCCCGGAUCGACUCAAUGUGUUCUUCUACUCAGGCUCUGGUUCCACCACUGUAAGUGGAACUGGUACUGGAACCGGUACGACCACGGCCCCUCCAACUAACACUCAGCCCGCUGGAUCUGGAACCGCAACUAAACUCCCCGCAGGAUGGUCCUAUAAAGGUUGCUGGGUCGACAAUAACCAGGGCCGUAUCAUGAACGGACCCCAGGCGGACCUAACCACAAUGACGAUCGAAUCCUGUAUCGCAACCUGCGUCGCCGCCGGAUACGCCAUCGCCGGACUCCAGUAUUCCUCCCAAUGCUUCUGUGACAACCUACUCAAGAACUCGGCCACCCUGGCUGCGGUCGAUACCAUGUGCUCCACGCCAUGUUCCGGCUCCUCCGUCGAGAUCUGCGGCGGCGGCAACCUGGACAGCGUCUACGCCUCCCGCGACAUCGAGGUCAUCGGGCCGGCCGCCCCCCAAAAGAGUGCACUCCCUGGACUCUGGCAAUACAAGGGCUGCCUCAUGGACCAGGACCCCAAGUCUCUCCCGGAGAAGAUCGUCUACACUGGAACUAACACUCCCAACAAGUGCUUGAAGGCAUGCUCUGAUUACGGUUACAACGCUGCUGGUAUGGAGUACGGUGAGGAGUGCUACUGUGGUGAUAAGAGUGAUCCUUCCAAGCAAGGAGCUAAACUCGUCGCCGAGUCUGACUGCUCCACUCCCUGCCCCGGUGACGCCCGCUACCUCUGCGGUGCUGGUAACAGACUCUCCUACUACGAAUGGGUUGGUGCACCAAUUCAGAAUUACGGAUUCCCCCAGGGUGCCGCAGCUGGCGAGUAUGUUCUCCUCGGCACGGCCCCCGUCAUCGCCCUGAUUACCACCCAAGGUCUUAACGGCAAGGUUACCUUUGUCGAGAAGUCUGGCACGUCUACUACUCCUGGCUCAACUGGUGCUUACGAGUGGGAUCCCUCUACCAACACUUUCCGUACUAUGCACGUCAAGACCGAUGUCUUCUGCUCUGCUGGUCUCGUUCUCCCUGACAAGGUUGGUCGCCAAAUCAACAUUGGUGGCUGGUCCGGUGACUCUACUUACGGUAUCCGUCUGUACUGGCCCGAUGGAUCCCCAGGCAAGCCAUCCGUCAACGACUGGCAAGAGAACUACCAGGAGCUGGCUCUGCAGAAUGGUCGCUGGUACCCUAGUGCUAUGGUCAUGGCUAACGGCUCCAUUCUCGUCGUUGGUGGUGAGAACGGAUCCAACGGCCCACCCGUGCCAACUCUUGAGCUGCUUCCUCGUGCCGGUGGCACCCUCUACAUGGAGUGGCUCCAGCGCACCGAUCCAUACAACUUGUAUCCCUUCCUCGCUGUCCUGCCUUCCGGCGGUAUCUUCGUGGCGUACUACAACGAGGCUAUCAUCCUGGAUGAGAAGACCUUCGCCACCCAGAAGAAGCUCCCCAACAUCCCCGGCGCAGUCAACAACCCUCUCGGCGGCCGCACCUACCCUCUCGAGGGAACCAUGGUUCUCCUACCCCAACACGCUCCGUACACCGAUCCCCUCGGCGUCCUGAUCUGCGGUGGCUCCACCCCCUACGGCGGCUUCGCCAUCGAUAACUGCGUUUCCACCGUCCCCGAGGCCACGAACCCAACCUGGGUCAUCGAGAAGAUGCCCUCCAAGCGCGUCAUGUCCUGCAUCUGCGCCCUGCCCGACGGAACCUACCUGAUCCUGAACGGCGCCCACGUCGGCGUCGCCGGUUUCGGAUUGGCCUCUGACCCCAACCACAACGCUCUUCUGUACGACCCAAGCAAGCCUAUCAACUCGCGUAUCAGCAUCAUGGCGAAUACUACCAUUGACCGCUUCUACCACUCUGAGGCUAUCUUGCUUCAAGAUGGCCGCGUCCUCGUCACGGGUUCUGACCCGGAGACCGAUGGCCUGCAGCAGGAAUACCGCAUUGAGGCUUUCAUCCCACCUUACCUCAAGACCGGUCGCCCAGUUCCUUCUUACACAAUCACCAACAAGGACUGGAAGUACGGCGCCACCAUCACGGUGACCGUCACUCUUCCAUCUGGAGGCGUGCCCAAGUUCUCCCUCAUGGGCGCCGAGAGCAGCACCCACGGUAACUCUAUGGGUCAGCGUACCAUCUUCCCGGCGUUCAAGUGUACCGGCAACACCUGUACCAUUACGGCGCCGCCGAAUGCACAUGUUUCCCCACCUGGAUGGCACCAGUUGUUCCUCCUCGAGGGCGGCGUGCCAAGUAAGAGUCAGUACGUGAGAAUCGGUGGUGAUCCCGGUAACUUGGGCGCCUGGCCCAAGUUGUCGGAUUUCAACGUGCCCGGUUCUGGUUAA